AUGGACAAGUCACCGUAUGCACCCUAUCUUUACACCAACUACACCCCCUCGGCUUCAGAAGUCCUCGAUAUCAAGGAUUUUUUAACAGAACCACUCGCACGUUUAUCCACCUUAGAUGCCGAAAUCCAGCAGUUGAGCUUGACUAUGUUCGUCUUAAAUCACCAGCGUCAUGCUCUGAGCAAGGAGAUUGAGGCUCAUCGAGCCCUUAUCUCUCCUUUUCGUCGACUACCUCUCGAAAUAAUGGCGGAAAUCUUCUCUCAUUGUCUUCCCACAGAUCAUAACGCCGUUAUGAGCGUUAAAGAAGCUCCCCUCUUGCUGGGUCGUGUUUGUAGUGCAUGGAGAUCUAUUACGCUGUCAACUCCACACCUUUGGGCAAGCCUGCACAUCCCGACGCCUACACCAGACUCUCGUUUUGGUCCCGCAUCUGUCCGCAAAAUGGCAACACGCUGUGAGGCGGUGAGGGAAUGGAUCCUCUGUUCAGGAAAGAUUCCGCUCUCUAUUUCCCUUUACACUCUGGAUCCCCGUGUUUCUUUUAAGGGCUCGUCUAAUUCUGAUUCUGAUUCUAAUUCCCAGGAGGACAUGGAAUCUUUUGGGAGAGUGUCCAGGCAGAUAAUCCCAUUUAGCCGCCAAUGGAAGACUGUUUACCUCAGGGCGAUGGAAAGCUCUUUUACACCUUUCCAAGCGAUGGUGAAGGGCGAUGUUCCGAUGCUGGAAUCCCUUUCCAUUGUCAACAUACCGCUGGAAGAUUGGGAACCGCAAACGUCUUCCCAUGCUGAGAGACCUUGGAAAAAAUCUUCGGGUCUUCUCUCAGCUCCAAAACUACGAAGGCUGUCUUUAACACAUUUCAGCGAAUGUCUUUACAACUUACCAGUGCGUUGGUCACGGCUUACUCACCUCAAAUUGGACGAAGAGGGUUUGAAUCACUUAGAAAGCCUAAGCGACCUUAGGUACAGCCAUGUUUUCAGGGUAUUGAAGAAAUGCCCGCUGCUCGUGAGUUGUAGUUUCCGCCUAGGAAACUCCGAAUCCGACACUAGGGUACCAUCAAAUUCUACACUGUCUCCCAGCCAAUAUGCCCUUACCCUCCCUCUUCUCGAGCACCUCUCCCUCAGCCUCAGUGGCAGAUCAGACGAGGCUUUCUUGAAAUAUCUCGAUUUACCAGCCCUCCGUCAUCUGGAGAUUAAAGUUCAAAAGGAGCAUCGUGGUCACAAGGCACCGGAGAACCAGCGCUCCGUUUUGAUGGACCUCCUCUCGCAGAAUGGUACAAAGUUGAAAAAACUUUUCAUUGAAAUAUGGGCGAUGACAGAAGAUGUCCUCAUACAUUGCUUGAAAUCAGUGCCGUCCGUCACCCAUCUCCAUCUCAAUAAUUUCAGUUCUGGUUCUGUUGAUGAGGAAAUCGCCUACUGCCUCACUCCUUCUAAAAGAAACCGUGACUAUCUCUGCCCUUUGCUUGAAGAAUUUCAUUGUGAAGGGUCGGAAUGUGCAAGCUUUUCUGAAGAAGAUCUAUUGUCCUUCAUCCAAAAGCGGCAUGUGUCCAAAUAUAAAAACGGGGGAGUGCUGAAACGAGUCAAUAUUAUCUUUCAUCGAAACCGUCCGGAGAAUGUAAAGGAGUUCUUUGGUUCUCUGGAAGCCGUACUGGAUUGGGAGGACUAUAUCAACCUUCAAUUUCGGGGGAUUGGUUAUAAGAUUGAUGCUCGAAUUUCUGUUGAAUCUUGGCUCGGACAUCCAACUACAACUGUGGAUGUCAAAUACGUGAGGGGGUCGUUAAGAGAAUAUGUCAUUCCCUUACCAUCUCCUCGGGCAGGCCUGGAUGGAUGA